AUGGCUGCAGUCUCCCGGGCACCCCUGCUCCCGACUUUCACCCUGCUCUGCCUGCCCUGGCUUCGAGAGGCCAGUGCCUUCCCACCAAUUCCCGUAUCCUUGCUUUAUGACUAUGCGAUGAUCCGCGCCCAUCGCCUGAACCAGCUGGCCUUUGACAUCUACCAGAAGUUUGAAGAAGCUCAUAGCCCGAAGGAAAAGAAGGAUUUCUUCCGGCAUAACACCAGGAUCUCCCUUUGCUUCUCAUUGUCUGCCGCAACACCCACUAACAGAAAGGAAACUCUACAGAAAUUUAACCUAGAGCUGCUCCAAAACUCCCUGCUGCUCAUUCAGUUGUGGCUCAAGCCCGUGCAGUUCUUCAACAGUGUCUUUGCCAGCAGCCAGCUGCAUAGUUUCUUAGACAGCUUCAUCUAUGAGUACCUGAAGGACCUAGAGGAAGGCAUCCAAACUCCGAUGGGGAGGCUGGAAGAUGGCAGCCCCCAGACUGGGGAGAUCUCCAGGCAGACCUACAGGUAGUUUGACAUCAACUUGUAGAGGGAUGACGCAUUGCUCAAGAACUACGGGCUGCUCUACUGCUUCUGGAGAGACAUGGACAAGGUUGAGAUGUUCCUGCGCAUUGUGCAGUGCCGCUCUGUGGAGGGCAGCUGUGGCCUCUAGCUACCAGGUGGCAUCCCUGAGACCCCUCCCCAGUGC